AUGGAUCCUAGAGCACAGGCUUCUGAGCAUCUCGCCGAUGUAGCCGACAAGAUGCGUCGCGCUCGGCCGGCCGACGCUGCCCGCUACACGCUGACGCUACCACUACCAUCCGGCGGCACAACUCUCACUGCGCGCGCCGCGUGCGGUUGUCGCUCGGUCGUAUCGUGCCUCGCUCGCCCACCUAGCCCGCUCAGACCCCGACGCACACCU